AUGAAUUAAAUUCAAGAAUAUUUAUAAAAAUUAUUAAAAUUAAUUCCAGCUUAAGGACCUAAUAUUUAUAACAAUAAAAAAUGUUACGAUAUAGAUGUUAAUGAAAAAUACAGAAAAGAUGGUGAGAGAAAUUCUGAUAUCCAUAUUUGGGUUGUCUAAAAUUAUAAUAAUCCAUAAAAUUCCGUUUUAGCUGAUGCUAUUUAUUGCUAAAUGGAUGACACUUUGAAAAGAGUUAACUUUGGUAGAAUUAAAAUAAAUAUGUAAAAUAUAUACUUAGAUGGUACUAAUUAUGGAUACCAAAGAGAUUUCAACAAUAUUUUGCACGAAAUUUUUCAUAUUUUAGGAUUUUCAAGUGGUUUAUAUAGAUAUUGGAUAAAUCCAUCAACUGGAAACUAUUAUGGUAAUGAAGUAGAUAAUUAUGUAAGUUAAUAAUUUUUAAGGGAAAAAUAAAUUUUAAUCCUAUAAACACCAAAUGUACUUGCUACUGCUCAAAAAUAUUAUGCAUGUCUUACUUUAAAAGGAAUGUAAUUAUAGAACGAUGAAAAUAUUAUAAAUUCUACUGGUUCUCAUUGGGAAAAAACAAUCCUCUUUGAUGAAUUAAUGGUUGCCUAUUCUUCUGGAAAAGAAUCUCAAUUAUCUGUUUUUACUAUUGCUUUAUUGAGAGAUACUGGCUAUUAUGCUGAAGUAAAUGAAAGCAUGGCUAAUGAUAUAUAAUGGGGAAGAAAUAAAGGAUGUGAUUUUUUUUUAAAAGCUUGUUAUUCUGAUACUUUUUAUCCUGAGUUUGUAUAUUAAAAAUCAUUUUCUAAUUAAUGCACUUUUUAAAAUAAUGGAUAUGGAAAAUCUGUAAAAUCAAAAUAUAUGGAUUAUUGCCACAAAAUUUCGAAUCAAUUUACUUGCGAUGAUUCAAAUAAGAAAAAUGAUGAAAUGUUGGAAUAUUUUGGAACAAACUCUAAAUGCUUAAAAUCUACUGCUCAUUAAGAACUAGAUACUUCUUACAAAAGUAAUACUCGUUGUCAUCAUGUUGUUUGUUCUCCUGAUUAUACUUAAGUUAUAAUAACUAUUACUUAAUUGAAUAAUAAAAAAUUAAUCUGUACAAAAUAAUAUUAAGGAAAAGAAAUUGAUGUUAUGGAAGGAUAACCAUAAUUUGGCUAUAUUUAUUGUCCUGAUAAUUAUAGAGAAUUCUGUAGUUAAACACCUGAAUGUCCUAAUCACUGCUCUCGAAAAGGUAUUUGCUUAUUUGGAUAAUGUCGAUGUUAAUCAGGGUGGUCGGGAUCUGAUUGUAAUGUCGAUGAAAAAAAAUGUCCUUAUUAUACUUUAGAAGAAGAUCCUUAAAGAUGUGUUGAAUAAUGUCCUAUAGGUAAAUUAGAAAAUCCUGACAAAGUAUGUAGAAGUAAUUGUCCUAAUGGUCUUUACUUUAGUUAUUUAAGUAGAUAGUGUGUUGAAUGUAAUACGCAGUGUCUAAGAUGUUCUGGCCCUUCAAAGAAUUAAUGUCUAGAAUGCGGUUUUUUAAAAUAUUUAGAAGAAGGAUAAUGUGUAAAUUAAUGUAGCAAUAACUUCAUAUUAGUAAAUUAAAGAAAAUGUGUAAAAUCAGUAAAUUAAGGAUGUGAAUAAGAAUGUGAAAAAUGUGAUUCUGAAAAUAAAGUAAUAUGCACUAAAUGUAAAGACUAGUACUUCCUUAACUUAAAUACUGGUAAAUGUGUUGCUGCUAGUGAUUGUCCUUAAGAAACAUUCGCCAAUAAAGAAAAUAACACAUGUUAAAUAUGUGAAAUUACAGGAUGUAUAUAAUGUUAAUCUUAAACUGUAUGUUAAGUGUGUGAUGAAUAAUUAGAAUUUUUAAAAAAAGGUGAUUAAUGCGCUAAAUGUCCUUAAGGAUGUUUAAAAUGCUCAAGUGAUCUAUAGUCUUGUACUGUUUGUUAUAAUGGAUUAUUCUUAUUAGAAGGAUAAUGUCUUUAUAAUUGUCCUUUUUAUUUAUAUACGGAUAAAAAAAAAGAGAAUGUGUACCAAUUGCUAUAUGUAAAAGAGGCACUUAUUAUUGGUAAAAUAAUUGUUUAUAAAAUUGUCCUCCAAAAACGUUUACUUUAACAGACAAAAAAUAAUGUCAUAGAUGUCCUUAAGGUUGUCUUAGUUGUUGGAGAAGAGAAUAAUGAUACAGAUAAUCAAAGGUAUAACUACAAAUAAUGA